AUGGCAAAUAGGAGAAGAAGAAACAAUGCAAGUGCCGAUGAGAUUGCACAAGCGAUCCAUAGGAUGGUUGAUGCCAUGCAGCCUGUUGCGGCACAGCCUAGAGCCAUAGUACCACCCACUAGAGCGGUGACUACGGAGGAUGUUCUGAAACACAAGCCCUCCAAGUUCAACGGCAAAGCUACCCCUGAUGAGGCCGAUGCUUGGCUUAGGGAGUGUGAGAAGAUAUUCCGAGUAUUGCAGUGCACAGAGGCACAACGGUUGAAUUUUGCCACUUUCUUGCUUGUUGGCGAUGCUGAGUAUUGGUGGACAGGAAUGCAGCAACAAAUGCAGACCCGUCAAGAAGAGGUGAACUGGGUAAACUUCAGGAAGAGGUUCCUGGAGAAGUAUUUUCCAGACUCGGCGAAACAUGCACUAGAGGCGGAGUUUCUGACACUACAACAAGGUAGUAAACCAGUGCAUACUUACAUCGACCGGUUCGAAGAGUUUCCAAUUCGGGUGGAGCAGGCCAGGACCGUGGAGGAGUUAGAGUUUGGAUCCAGUCGGGUCGCGAGGACACAGAAGAAUACCUCUAAGACUAGACAUCAGAAGGCGCCAUACAAAAGGUCUUCAUCGCCAUCUUCAGGCCUGAGAUGCUAUAAUUGCAGUGGGCCGCACCUUCGCAGGAACUGUACUAAAGCUGCGGGCAGUUCAGGUGCUAGUACUGAACAUGUGAAGUGCUAUAAGUGCGAGAAGAUGGGACAUUAUGCAAGUCAAUGUCCAGACAAGAAGGUGACCAGAGAAACACCAUCACCGCAGAAGCAAGCUACUCACUCAUUCAUCUCACAAGAAUGUGUGAGUAGACUGGGACUAGUAGUCCGGGAUUUGGGGUACGAACUGGCAGUCUCGACACCUGCCUCGGGACAAGUCUUGAUCAACUUAGUCUGUGCUGGAUGUUCUAUUGAAGUGGCAGGACACAGGUUCAAACUGAAUCUCAUUUGUUUUGCCGUUGAAGGGCCUGGACGUAAUACUUGGGUUGUGGGUUCAAGAAGCCUUGGGGAACCCAAAUUGAACUUCAUUUUUGGCUAUUUUGGCUUUGGAUUGGAAUUUGAAGGGUUAAAGGAAAACUCUAAUGGACAUGGCAGCCAAGAGUGGCUGAAAAACAGAAGUUAA